GAGCUACGCUGCUUUGAAUGCAUUUUUGGAUAAUUUUAAUUAUUCUCUAAUGUUUGUCACUUGUAAUCAUAGAACGAAAAAAAUUUAUGAUUAGAAGGAAAUUAACGUCAAAUUUGAUUAGAUUGUGGUUUCUUGUUAUUUAAGUGUGAAUUUAUUAAUUUUGCUUAUAGGUAAGUGAAUUUUAUGAUUCGUCAUUAUAAAUAUUACUAUUCCAUAUCUAACUUGAAUUAUCCGAUACAGGAUAAAAUGGAAAAUUUCGAAUGUCCCAGAAUUUGGAAUGUUAGAAAGUUGCCAACGACUUUGGAGUCAGGCAAAAGAUGGGCGAUCGAGCAGAAACUCCUGCCAUCAACGCCACCAAACUGCCCUCGUCACCGAAGGCCAACGAGGGAGUACUCAAAGGGUGAACAUGGCUGUGGAAUGUUUCGCUGCACAAAGUGCAACUGGAGUAGAUCCAUAACAGCAAAUUCUUUCCUCAGCCAUGCUCACAUCCGCCCAGAUCAACUGGCAUGGAUAGCCUACGGCUUCGCCUGGGACUGGUCACAUCGCCAGCUGAGAAAUGAAGCGGUUGAGUUAGAGUUGCCGCCCGAACAACAAACUGAAUACAGCGAGAGCACAAUCUCCGCUUGGUAUAUAACUCCCCAUAUAAUAAUUCUAGUGGAAUUGAUUAUAAUCUGUUUCAGGUAUCACUACUGUCGCGAAAUGAUCAUCGAUCAUUUCGAUUUACAUCUGCAGAAUAUGAAGCUGGGAGGUCCCGGAAAAAUUGUGCAGAUAGAUGAAUCGAAAUUUGGGCGGCGAAAAUACAACCGUGGCCGGCGUGUUGAGGGCCAUUGGGUUCUCGGUAUGAUAGAGGAUGGAAGCGAGGAGGUGGCGAUGAUGGUGGUUGAGUUUCGUGAUGCUCACACGUUAACAGAGCAAAUAAGGAAUUAUAUUUUACCCGGUACCACGAUCCACACGGAUAUGUGGCGUGGUUAUAAUUUAUUAAGUGAAGCCGGAUAUGUGCAUCGUCGGGUCAAUCAUAGUGAUCCCGAAAAUCCCUUUAUCGCUUCUGAUGGGACUCAUACCCAAAGAAUAGAGUCCACUUGGCGGCCCGCAAAGAAUUGGUUCCGCAAUAAACAAAUCCCGGCGGACCAGUUCCCCGAAUAUUUGAUAGAAUAUCUUUGGCGUCGUCAUAUUCGAAAGCGCAAAUUGGACCCGAUGGAAGAAGUUUUGAAGGCAAUAAGAUAUUUCUAUCCAUUUUGACUUGUGUUUUUCAUAAUUGUUCGUUUUUUUAAGGUUUGGUUAGGCUAGGUUAGGUUAGGUUAGCUUAGGUUAUCCAAUAUUGUAAGACCAAAAAACCGAUUCAUUUAAUAUUAUUAUUCGUUAGGUUAAGUUAUGUUAGGUUAGGCUGCCCGUUAUUGUGAGAUCCGAAAUCCGAUUUUUUUAUAUUAUGAUUAGGUGAAGUUAUUGUUUUGUCAGGGUUAGGUUAUCGAAUACUGUACAAUAAAAUCACC